ACAUGACUCCAAAUCACGUGAUACGCCUUUGUUAUGUACUUUUUAGAUAGUUGUUGAAGUGUCACAGAGAAAUGAUUAUUAAAAUUUCGUGGCUUGCAAGCUUGCUUCUCGUUUUUGCUGAAUGUCGUUAUGAACCAAACUGGGACUCUCUAGACAGCCGACCCAAUCCAGCUUGGUAUGAUGAGGCAAAGUUUGGAAUAUUCAUACAUUGGGGAGUUUUCUCCGUGCCAUCUUUCGGGAGCGAGUGGUUCUGGAAUUAUUGGCAUUCGGGUUCAAAGAGCUACGUUGACUUCGUAAAGUCUAAUUAUAGACCAGGAUGGACAUACGCAGAUUUUGCAAAAGAUUUUACUGCUGAAUUUUAUAAUGCGACUCAGUGGACAGAAUUAUUUAAAGAUGCGGGAGCAAAAUAUAUUGUACUUGUCACAAAGCAUCACGAAGGAUUUUGCAAUUGGCCUACUAAUGUAUCUUUUAAUUGGAAUUCUAAAGCAGUUGGUCCAAAUCGAGAUCUUGUUGGUGAAUUAGCCAAUGCCAUCAGAAAAAAUUCCGAUAUUCAUUUUGGUAUUUACCAUUCUCUCUUUGAAUGGUUCAAUCCUAUCUAUUUAGGUGACAAGGCCAGAAAAUUUCAAACGCAAGAGUUUGUUAAUGGGAAAACAAUGCCUGAAUUGUAUGAACUGGUUAAUAAUUAUAAACCUGAUAUUAUUUGGUCUGAUGGUGACGGUGGAGUCACCUAUAAAUACUGGAAAAGUGAAGAGUUCAUUGCUUGGUUAUUCAAUGACAGCCCAGUCAAGGAUACCGUUUUAACUAACGAUAGAUGGGGAAGUGGUACUAUGUGUAAACACGGUAGCUUUCUUACAUGUGCUGAUCGCUAUGUUCCUGGUAAACCACUAAAGAAAAAAUGGGAAAAUGCUAUGACAAUUGAUAAACACAGCUGGGGUUAUAGAAGAGAAGCCAAACUUGAAGAUCUAUUGAAUAUGGAAGAUAUUAUUCAACUUUUUGUGAAAACCAUAAGUUUGGGAGGUAACAUGCUAAUGAAUGUUGGACCAACUCAUGAUGGAAGAAUUGCACCAAUUUAUGAAGAAAGAUUGAGGGACUUUGGUCAAUGGAUGAAAGUAAAUCAAGAAGGAAUUUAUGGCUCAAAAAUUUGGACCAGUCAAAAUGAUUCUCUAACUAGCGAUGUCUGGUAUACGAAAAAAAAUGACGCCGUUUAUGCUUUCGUUUUAAAAUGGCCGAAUAAUAAUCAGCUUGCACUGGGAAGUGUUAUCGGUAGGCAGGGUAUGACCAUUGAAAUGAUAGGGUAUGGAUCCUUGUCGUGGAAAUCAGCUUCAAGAGGUGUAAUUGUAGAUAUGAAUAUUCCAGCCGUUAAGUUACCUUGCAGAUGGGCUUGGGUUUUAAAAAUUAAAUAUCCUCGCAGAAAAAUCAUGAAAAUGACUGUGAUAAAUUAA